AUAAAUUGAAGACAACUAGACUGAGGAGAGAACGCAGCCUGGCAGUAAGGAAGACAGGUUGUAUGUGGAACGAACUGAAGUGAAAUCUAACGUAAGGAAAGACCGCUUCGCCUGUAUACAAACGGGGUGACAGUAGUACGGGAUACAUGUCGUAACGGAUACUAUAAACAUACACCCAUUGUUUAGUGUGUGAUUCUCUCAAUCACGGCGUAGUUGAUUCCUCUCACUCGCCGCCGACUAGUUUCCUCGGGGAAGCGGAUUAUACAGGUACUCUACUCAGCUCUAAUGCCUUGCUUGGAAGUGUUCAACAGCAUGAGCAGUGAUAUCGGCGACUUCUGUAGUCCGGAGAUUCUAUGCGAUGAGAUGAGAAAUGGCGAGAAAGUGUUGCUGCUGGAUUGUCGGUGUCAAGCAGACUACAUUCGGUCUCACGUAGCUGGCUCCAUCAAUGUCACUUUGCCCAGUCUCAUGUUCAAACGGCUAAAGAAAGGAACGCUACAGAUUGCGACCGUCAUUCAGAAGAACGAAGCCAAGGAGCGGUUUAAUAAGUGUUGUAAGACUCAUUUGAUUGUGUUAUACGACGAGUGUUCUACGGAUCUCAACGCUAACCCUUCAAGCACAAUCAACCUACUGGUUAAGAAGUUGCGUCAAGAUGGCUGCCGAGCUUCGUUUUUACUCGGUGGUUUUUCAACGUUUGAAGAGCGCUUCCCCGAGUACUGUAACUCGCAAGAAAACACGGAAUCCACCAUUCUUGGGUUGAGAAAUCUGCGGAUAUCGGAAGACUCCUCGUAUGGUACCUCGAGCGAGAGUGACUGUGAAAAUACCCCCCACAUGUCACCCUUUCCCGUGCAGGUCUUGCCGCACCUGUAUCUUGGCAACGCCAAAAACUCCUCGGACAUAAACCAGCUGAAGAAGUACGGCAUCACAUACAUUCUCAACGUCACCCCCAACGUGCCAAAUAUGUUUGAAAACGAUACCUCAUUUAAAUACCUGCAGAUUCCGAUCAGCGAUCACUGGUCCCAGAAUCUCUCGGCGUUCUUCCCACAAGCUCUUGCAUUUAUCGAUGAGGCAAGACGGGACCACCAAGGUGUUCUAGUGCACUGCUUGGCCGGUAUCAGCCGUUCAGUCACCGUCACUGUCGCCUACAUGAUGUCCCGCCAGGCCAUGAGUCUGAACGAAGCAUACGACUACGUGAAGACGUGCAAACCAAACAUCUCACCGAACUUCACCUUCAUGGGGCAACUUCUGGACUUUGAGAAAAGCCUAGAGCGGCCAGAAUUCGGUUGUGCCGAGUGUGAGGCUAAGGACAGAAUGUUCUGCAAGGAAUGUACUGAUGAAGCCGUGAGUCUGUCUAGCCCGGAAACCAGCCCUCUGGCAAAAGUCGAAUCCUGAUGUCGUGCAAGUUGCGCCCAGGAACCUGGUGGUUUAGUCAGGUGGUUUCUUCAACCCAUGGUCACACUAGUUUGAGGAAUACCUAUGUCAACACAGCGUUGUCCCACCCAACAGAAGAACAGACAACCGAAAGUAGAUGAAAGAAGCUUGAGGAAGCUAUCGGUUUCUGCCGCGGGGGUUAGCCGCUCCUAUCGGGCAGUACGUUCCCAUCGUGGUGGACUCGCAUCAGCGUUAGCAGUGUAGUGCUCGAAAAUCCCAGAAUGGGUUAAGAAGGUCUUUCAUAAACGUUUCUGAACGUGUAUGGUGCAAGAAUAUGGCAGCUAUUACUAUCGUGUGAAGCAGUGCACGAGACAUAAUAUUGAUCCCGGGAGAGCCCGGGAUGACAUUGUUCAGGAUGCACCCCAGUCGUGGGUGCUCCCCAUUAUUGUACAUAGUGCUCUCAUCCCGUCUCAUGAAGUUGUUCACAUCGUCACCGUACGAAUACCUCGUUGUUUGAGAAAUGUUGUAACUAUAUUUUAUUAUACACCAGAGUAAAACAAAAAUCUAUGUUUUCCAA